AGCUCCGACUUCAUAAGCAGCAGUAAGAACCACAGUUUCCGUGGAGUACCGAGAGACGGGUCAAAAGAACAGAGUCCAUUCUUGUGCAUUGCAUUGGAAAUAUAAAACCUGAGUUGCCGGUGAGGAAGCUCAACAUCGACUGCUGGCUGCUUUAGUCAUCCCAGAGGGUUGAAGCAUGAAGGCAGUGGCCGCUGUGGGAUGCAGUCUUUUAUUUACUGUGGUCGACGUGACACUCACCACGCUCCUGUACAUCCGUGGAGUCCAUAUAGAGCGCUUUGUACAGGACCUGAGCUUCUUCGAUGUGUAUCGAUCAGUGGUGGAUCUGUGGGCUACCUCCCUCGUCAGGUCUUCCUUGCUGAUGGGUGCUGCUAUUGGGGUUUCCAAAAACACCACUGAGGGUCCCAAACGGGUGAAGGACUUGGAGACUUUUACAAUUGUCAUGUGCCUGCUAACAGGCAUGUACUCCGUGAUGAAGCUGCUGCUGUAUUCUGAAGUCACGGAGUCGCUGAGUGAUCCGUGGUUCCUGUGCCUGGUUGCAUGGACUUGUAUCUCCGCCCUUGCCACUUUCCUUACAUGGAAGCUGCUUUCUUUAGUACAGCCGGUGAGGGAAACAACCUUAGGCAUUAACUCGGAGGCUGCCAGCCCAGAGGAGACGGAAAGCCUGCUGGAUUCAGAGGAGGACAGCAGCAAAGGGGCCAAAAAAGACACUGCAUCUCCAGCAACAAUAGGCAGGCUCUUGUCAUACUCAAAACAUGAUGCUGCCUUGCUGGGACUAGCAUUUCUGUUUCUCAUCGUUGCUGCUGUAGGCGAAACCUUUAUCCCCUAUUACACUGGACUGGCAGUCGAUGCAAUCGUUAUUCAGAAGGACAUGGAAGCCUUCUCCAAAUCCAUGAUUAUUAUUUCAGUGUUUGCCAUUGUAAGUUCGUUUGCGGCAGGGGUUCGAGGUGGGGUGUUCUCUCUUGCCCUCGCCAGGUUAAACGUCCGAAUCCGCAACCUGCUCUUCAGAUCCCUGGUCCGCCAAGAAAUCGGAUUCUUUGACGCGAAUCAUACAGGGGACAUCACCUCUCGCCUGACCUCGGACACGACGAUGGUGAGCGACCUGAUCUCUCUGAACAUGAAUAUCUGCCUGCGCAGCCUGGUGAAGGGGAUGGGGGUGUGCGUCUUCAUGUUCACCCUGUCCUGGAAGCUCUCUCUCGUCACCUUCAUGGGCUUCCCCUUCGUCAUGCUGGUCUCCAAGCUCUACGGCAAAUACUAUAAGAGGCUUGCCCGGGAGGUCCAGGACGCCCUGGCCAAAGCGAACAACAUCGCGGAGGAGACGGUCUCGGCCAUGAAGACGGUGCGGAGCUUCGCUAACGAGGAGGCAGAGGCGGGCGUGUACUGGGAGAAGCUGCAGCACAUGUACAAGCUGAACAGGAAGCAGGCCCUCGCCUAUGCCUGCUACAUGUGGUCCAGCAGUCUAACUGUGCUCGCCCUGCAAGUCAGUAUCCUUUACUAUGGCGGCCAUCUGGUAGUCUCUGGACAUUUGACCAGUGGGAACCUCAUUUCCUUCAUCAUCUAUGAACUGGAGUUAGGGGACUGCAUGGAGAACAUUGGUGCGGUGUACACGGGGCUGAUGCAGGGAGUCGGAGCUGCCGAGAAGGUCUUUGAGUUUAUCGACCGCAAGCCCCAGCUGUCCAAUGACGGGACCCUGGCCCCUGACACUCUCAAAGGGCUUGUCGAAUUCAAGAAUGUCACUUUCUCCUACCCCACACGCCCCGAGACCCAGGUCUUAAAGGACGUUUCCUUCACUCUUCACCCAGGACAGGUCACGGCUCUGGUGGGCCCUUCAGGAAGUGGGAAGAGCUCCUGUGUGUCAUUACUGGAGCAUUUCUACAGAGCCCAGGCUGGCCAGGUGCUGCUGGAUGGAACAUCCAUCGAGGAGUAUGACCACAGGUACCUGCAUACCAAGGUCUCUCUCGUGGGCCAGGAGCCAGUGCUGUUUGCCCGCUCUGUGCAGGAGAACAUUGCGUAUGGCCUGACGGAUUGCUCUCUGGAGGAGAUCGUUCAGGCUUCAAUGAAGGCCAACGCCCACGGGUUUAUCACGGAGCUGCCAGAUGGAUACAGCACAGAUGCCGGUGAGAAAGGCGCGCAGCUCUCCGGUGGUCAGAAGCAGCGCGUGGCGAUCGCUCGCGCUCUCGUACGAAGCCCCCACGUCCUCAUACUGGAUGAAGCCACCAGUGCACUAGAUGCUGAAAGCGAACAUAUUGUUCAGCAAGCUCUGAAUGGUAUCAUGCAGGACCGCACAGUGCUGGUUAUAGCACAUCGCCUGAGCACUGUGGAAAAAGCCCACAAUAUCAUUGUAAUAGACAAGGGCGAGGUGUUGGAGCAGGGGACGCACAGAGACUUAAUGCAGAAGGAAGGUCUGUACUCCAAGCUGGUGAAGAGACAGAUCCUGGGGAUAGAGACUGGGACUGAGACCAUGAACCGGGUUACAAGCAACCCCCCGAACACACUUCGAAAACAGAGAGUCAAAAAGGAAGAGCACUGAGUCAGAUGAAGAGUUCCACGUCUGAAUCAGUCCAGAUUGGGUCCUCCAUUGUCAAGCUUCACUGUAGAGUUGUCAGAUUUAUUUAUUGUGUUUAACCAGGAUAUUGUUCACUUUGGAAAAUGCUGCCUUAUCUCAAAAGAGGGGGAUGUCAGAUUAGAACUGGACUUUAAUUAGGGUACCAUUUUACUAAUUUUUAAUAUUGAACUGAAAUGCUUUGGAGAAAAAUCCAAGCCGGUGAUAAUUAAAGGGUCUGUGCAUUUAAGAGGUCCCCUCCCGGACACCAGCAAAACAAGACUGUUAUCAAAAUAGAGGGAUUAAAGCAGAAAGGGUCAUUAUUGAAUGUGCUGGAAACUCACUCCAAGAGAAAAUUCAUAAACAAAAAAUAAACACGUUUCAGAAGUGGGAGAGCAUCGCUUCUAAGCUGAGUUUACAUACAUAGUUUAGAGUUCAGUCAGGGGUGUCACCCACCAUCCUGUUAGUUCAUUAUUAGCAGUGUGGAGUAGUGGUUAGGGCUCUGGACUCUUGACCGGAGGGCCGUGGGUUUAAUCCCCAGUGGGGGACACUGCUGCUGUACCCUUGAGCAAGGUACUUUACCUAGAUUGCUCUAGUAAAAACCCAACUGUAUAAAUGGGUAAUUGUAUGUAAAAAAAAAAAAAAAAAAAGUGAUAUCUUUAUAAUUUGAAAUAAUGUGAUAUCUUGUAACAAUUGUAUGGUUAAAGGUGUCUGCUAAGAAAUAAAUAAUAAUAAUGACA